CACAAGCUACACAAACUGUUGGCAUAUCUCGCGAACUUUAGUGCGCCGGUUCGGACUUGGAGGAGGAUGACGCAACAAUUCUUGUUAACAAGCCAGGUUGUCAUGGCAACGAGCCAGCCUGUAUUCGGAAGGAUUCCUGUGUCUGGUGCACUGGAGAAGUGAGGAGCAGAUGUGACUGACUGACCAGUAGCGUUUGUGAUUCAUCCGCGAGAAGACGCGAAAGCAAUUUGCCUGUCCUGUCAUAACAGCGCCGUACCAUGGGCUGGAUUCGCAGAGUGAGAGACCGCAUUGCGGCCAGAUACCUGCUCUGCCUCAUGUUCUUCCUGGGCAUAACGGUCACGUUCAUUUUGAGAGUCAACAUCAACUUGGCCAUUGUGGGCAUGGUGAACAGCACGAGUCUCGACCUGACAAGUGAGGGCACACAGUCCAACUCUUCAGGAACCUGUCUGCCGGCCGAUGGCAGCGUCUCUACCAAUAAACAGGUGGAGGGCGGGACACAUGGCGAGUUCAACUGGAGCGAGGUGGAGCAGAGCGUCAUCCUCAGCUCCUUCUUCUGGGGUUACCUUGUUUUCCAAGUGCCUGGAGGUCGAGUAGCCGAAGUGGUGGGCGCCAAACGAGUGUUUGGUGGGGCGGUGCUCAUCAAUGGGGUCCUGUCCCUCGUACUGCCCUUCCUGGCGAGGACACAUUGGACCCUGCUCCUCGUCACCCGGGCCCUGCAAGGUCUGGCCCAAGGUGUGGUGUUCCCGGCCCUCAGUGCUGCUGUGAUCAGCUGGGUACCCCUUUCUGAGAGAGCGAGGUUCAUGUCUUUUGCCGUUCAAGGUGCGUCUUUGGGCACGGUAGUGGCGAUGCCCCUCUGCGGAUUGGUGCUGAAUGCCUGGGGUUGGGAAGCCGUGUUCUAUGUUAGUGGUGCCCUCGCCUUGUUGUGGUGUGUUGCCUGGUGGCUGCUCGUGUUCGACACCCCCGAUCAACACCCCAGAAUCUCACGCGAGGAGAAGCAGUAUCUCAAAGAAAAUAUCACCCAAAAGCACAACGAGAAGAGCAGCUGGUUCACCAGUCUGCCUUACCUAGGCCAGUGGGUUUUUGCUAGCGUAUAUGGCACCUUUGCGGACACAUUGCUGAAACGAAAGAAGAUGUCCCUGCUCGGAGUUAGGAGGUUAUCUAUCGCUGUUUCACACCUGCUCCCAGCCGUUAGUCUGCUUGCUCUCUCACUGGCCGGAUGUAAUGCUACGAUAGCUGUGGUCGUCCUUACGAUAGCAGUAUCGCUGAUUGGCGCUUAUUCUAGUGGCUUCUUCCAGAGUCCUAUGGACAUCGCCCCCAACUUCGCAGGUUCUCUGACGGGGCUCAUGAAUGCCAUUGGGUCUAUUUCUCCUAUCGUCUCCACUCCAAUUGCUGGGGCAGUCUUGCAGAACGAUAGUACCACUAAUGGAUGGCGAGUAAUAUUCUGGAUAGCGGCAUUAAUGUACACCCUCUGUAGUCUUCCAUACAUUAUAUGCUUCAAAGCCCAGAUACAGCCUUGGAAUAACGCAGAAAAAGCCGAGGUCAAGUCUGCUCCAGCGCUGAUCAUGUCAAACGUUGCGUCAUCCGAUGCUGAAGAUGGGGAAAUUGAUAUGAUGACCAAGUCCAAACAAGGAUAAUGAAAAUGUUAGCGAUUUGGCUUAUAGGAAAUAAAGAAGUUGAGAUAAGGCGAUAUUGCCUCAACUCUCCACCUACAUAAUGCACAAGGACCGGCGUAACAGCACAGGCGAAACAAGAAGCCCAAUGGAGGGGUACAUUUUACACUUAAUUUCUUUUGACUUUUUGAAAAUUAAAAUUAAUUUCUGCUGCUAUACGAGUACCAUGAUAAUUAAGUAGCAGUUAUCUCAACAUAGCGACUGCAUACAGGCUGGACGACCGAGGGUUCAGAGUUCGGUUCCCGGCGGUGCAGGAUUUUUCUCUUCUCCACAACGUCCAGACGGCUCUGGGCCCAUCCUGCUUCCUAUCCAAGGGUUAGCGGAAACUUUUUCCCUGGGGGUGAAGCUGACCACUCACCUCCAUCUAGUGCCCAGUUUAAGAUGGUGGAGUUAUGCCUCCACUCCAUCACGCAUCUUCAAGGCGAAGUGCUUAAUUAAUUAAGUAAAGGGAAUACUUUGUUUUUAUUGAUGAUACUUACCGUGUUUGAAGUACUUAAUUAAUUUGCAUGUUUAAUCGGUCACCAAAAAUAAACAGACCUAGACAAAACACAGCUCACUUCAAUGAAAUCUUCUGCUUGAGCUUUUGGCAUAUGAUGAACUGUUGUUCGGAAAUUUGAAUAAAUUUUACUAGAACUUGGA